GGCCUGCGCUGACCUCUGACGGCCACACCAGCAAACUCCAGCCAAAACAACUCGAAACGUCCACGGCUCUCUGCGGAUUUCUGGAUUUCAGAUUAUCCAAAAUUACUUGCGUUAUGGAAGUUUGCGUGGAAAGUCUGGCGUCGGCCGUGGCAGCCGUUCAGGGCGGCGCCUCGCGUCUCGAGUUGUGCAGCGCCCUUUCCGAGGGUGGCCUCACGCCUUCCCUGGGUCUCUUCAAGAUGGUCAAACAGGCCGUCAGCAUUCCUGUCUUUGUCAUGCUGCGUCCACGUCCAGGGAACUUCACGUACUCGCUCGAGGAGGUCGAGGCCAUCCAAAUUGACGCAGAGAGCCUCCUGAACGCCGGCGCCGACGGCGUCGUCUUCGGCGCACUCACGGCCGAUGGGUGCGUCGACGUCGAAACCUGCAAAAAAAUUAUCAACUCUCUACCCCAAGGCACCCCAACGACCUUCCACAGGGCCUUCGACUGGACCCAUGACCCUUCCGGAGCUCUUGAAGAUAUAAUUAAACUUGGAUUUCAUAGAAUUUUGACCAGUGGACAUGCUGCAACAGCAGAAGAAGGCAUCCAUCUUCUCCAACUGCUGAUCAAUCAGGCCGGAAGCCGGAUAACAAUUAUGCCUGGCUGCGGAGUGGACGGCAAAAAUUUGCAGCGCAUCCUCGAGAAAACCGGUGCUUUUGAGUUCCACGCGUCAGCCAGGCAAAGCCAAGCGGUUCUUGUGCAUCACAAUCCAGCCUGCAGCAUGGGCACUCAGGAUCUCAACGUCAAAACCACCAACGUCAGCUUGGUGGCUGAAAUGGUGCACAUUUACCGAGAGGUGGCGAAAAAAUGACUGAUUUGUACUGAUAUGUUACCUUUUAUUCCUACAACAGAAGACUGCGUCAGGCUUCGUUAAAUUAAACUCCUUUGAUUGUAACCACUGGACUAUUUUUGCAAUAAAUUUGGUUUCAAACUGAAGUGAAAGAAAACCCGUUGUACAAAACCAAUAUUGUUGUUU